AUGGAGAAUUUUCACCUUCUUCUGAAAAGCAUUAGAAACCACUGGGUGAGCCUCAGCUCCAUAUUCGUGCCAAUAGACAUAACCUUUUUCAUUAUGUGCGGAGUGGGGCUCUUCAUCCUACUGAUCCCAUUCCUGAAGACCUACCCAGAAUCACCACCAGGGAGCAAAAGGAACACCCCAAAGGUGGUGAAGAGGGUAUGGAUCAAGAUCAGGAACAAAAUUGCUUCUGUGAAAGCUCUACCUCUGGCUCACGGACUUCCAAGGUUUCCCCAUGCCAAUCCAUUUCCCCACCAUCUUGUGGCACCAAACUUGCUAGAUGUGACAGAGCGCCAGGGACUAGACAACCAUCCUAGCUCUACACCAAACCAAACACUUUCAUCAUCCCAAAGUAGUACUUGUGGAAUAGAAUAUCCUACCACUAGGACAAGGAUUCAAGCAUCCCUUUCAACUGAAAGCCAGCCCUGGCAGCAGGAUCUGAAUUGGAAAGAAACUACAGGUUCUAAUGUCCAAAAAUGUCAAGCAGCCAUUAGCCAGCCAUCUCACAACUUUUCCCAGAAUAUCCAAUCCACUGAAGCUGCCAGGUCAGCCUCCAUCCUUCCUGAGCAAUUUCAGGUCUUCCAUCACCAGGAGGAGCCACAGAAUGAAGACAGGGCAAUUAAGAUGAGACAACAAAGAGGAUCCCCCUUUAGAUUCCUCCCAUCCAGGGAGAUAAAGAAGCUUCAGGGAGCUUUUCCAGCACACAGACCUCACCAAUCCAAGAACAGGCCUGACCUCUCCCAUCCUGCCAAAUGCUCUAUCCUUGACUCCAAAAGAUGCAAGUUGAGCCCUCAUGGGUCUGUGCCCUCUCGGAUGCCCUUAAAGAAGGGCCCAGCAAAAUGUAACAUGCAUGACCCCAUCAAAGUGGGUCUCAGUAUUGGAGCCAAAGACCUGCCUUCCACUUCAAGCAACACCCCUUUGAAGAACCUGGAACCCAGAACCCCUUCACUGAGGACAAAUCAGCUGUCCUAUGUGAACACAGCCCAGAACCUUUUCUUCCUAGACCCAAAAACUCAGAUGAAGCUGGAGUCAAACAUUGCUCACCUUCCCUUGAAACAUUGUAGACCACAGACUCUUGAGUUAACAGGUCUCACCCCACCGGGGGUUCCAGCCUCAUCCCUUCCCCAGCCUGUGUGCCCCUCCUCACCGGCCUGUGCAUCCAAAGCUGAAUACUAUUCCAAGGCUGCCAAGAUCCUGGAAGAAUUGCAUCACCGAGAUCCAGGAGGGAAAGACAUAGAAAUUAUAUCAGCCACCAGGGUGCAGUGCCCUCCAUUUGCACAUUCACAUCCAGAGGUUCAAGAGACCCAAAGAGCUCCUCUACCUGCUGCCAGCCACGGGACUGCAAAGGCCCAUCCAGAUGUAAAACAGAGAUACCUGAGUACUCAGACCCGUGCGUUCUCCUUCCAGGCAAAAACCCAGCAGGGCAGGACUAUUCGAGGGACUGGAAAAGGCAGGCUGCAACCAACUACCAGCCCCAGAAGGGCCAAACAUGCACCAUGGAAGAGGUUUAAAAAUGUGGCCUCAGGGCAUCCCUGCUGGAGUGGGACAAUGGCAGUCCCUCAAGAAAGGAUCCCACCUUCAGUGACCAAACAAACUAGCAGAUUUGUAGUGAAAGGCAAGACACAUCCUGCACAGAAAGUGAGUUUGGGAGCCACUGAGAUUUCUAAUGGCCAAGCCAUCAAUAUCGGUUCCGGACACUUUGAGUCUGCAGAGACCAACAGAAGCCCAUGCCACUUCCAAACACCUACUCUACAGCACUUAGGGGACUCAGCUCUAAACCCUGAAGUGGGUAAUGAGAUUGACUUCAGACCAAGCAAGGAGCCAGAGGCCUGGCUUGUGGUACAUCAUCCAGAUGGCCCCAGUUUGGUGUACCCUGCCACAGUCAACUUGCCUUCACAGAACUUGUUGCCAAACCCAAAGACUUCCCAUGGCCUAGGUGAUGUUUUCAUGAGGAGAGAUCAGAGCAUGGAGACUCAGGAGUUUAGAGUUACAAAAGAUAACGUGGACAAGAUGUUUCUUCCCGAUGAAGAGAGGGAGAGUUUUAUGAGAUCUGGAAACACAUGCCAGGGAGAAAGUCUUGAGAGAGUGAGGCCCCCUACCUCGAGCUCCACCCAGCCAGACCAUACAGCCAUGACUGACAGUCAGUCCUCCCUUGAUAAAGCAGGAAAAGGAAGGCUCCCCGAAAGCCAUAUAAAGGAAAUCACAAAGAAUAUUCUAAAAUAUCUAAGCCUCAGCACAAAAGACAAGGGGCAGGGGGAUUCUCUGAAGAAUGAAAGCCCCCCACCAUCUAGUGUGCAGACACAGGAGGUAGUAACAAAAAAGCAGCUCUUAUACACAAUGGUGGUUGAAGUGCAAUUUCUCAUGAAUGUUGUGGUACAGACCCUGGUGAACUGGCUGGGCAUUAAUGUAAGGGACCCAUCAAAGAUACAAUGGUCUGAUAUAGAACCACUGGCAUCCCAGCUGGGUUGCUCAUCCCACUCUUUUAUGGGUCUCUGUGAUCCAAAGAAUAGCCAGCCAGAGAAACGAAUGAGCAGUGGUCUCCCCAGCCCUGAAGAUCACAAACAUCCAUUCACAUACAGGGGACUCAGAGACAAACAUCAGUCUGGAGUUAAUGCCCAGAAAACCUUUGUUCAUCAUCAGUACAGAGCAAAAAGAAGAACGGGCUUUGACCAACUCCCCACUCCAAAGGGGAACAGCCAUCCGUGCAUGUACAGGGUAACUGGAGACAAGCAGGAGCCAGACACAGCUACCAAAUCAGCCCAUGACCAAGAUCUAUUUAGAAUGAAGAGUGCAAUGGGAUGCUACCCACAUAUGAGUCCCAAGGAGCACAACCACCCAAUCAGGUACAGAGAAAUUGGAGACAAACAGCAGGCAGGUGUCGUCCAUAGAGCCUAUAACCCACAUCAAAGUAGAAAAAGAGGAAUGAGCUGUAGUCACCUUACAAGUCCCAGAGAGAAGCAUCCAGUCAUGUAA